UUUCCGUGGUAAUCGCACAGAACACAUAAAACGUGGGUGGCAUUAUUGAUCAAAAAAAUAAUUUUUCCUCUCGUGGCGGAAAACAUCAUGCGCACUUGCUGCGUGUAUUUUCCGUAUAGCCAGUAAGAAAUCUGCUUUUGCUCGGAAAGCGUUUAAUAUUCCGAACCCCAUGGAAAUUUCCGACAUGUCCGAAUUUAACGAGCGCAUUUGUGGUACUAAAAGAACACAACGAGUUAAAUCCCGCCACGCCGGGAGAGGGUGUGCACGAGUAUUUUCCCGUCGAGUCUUUUCUCAUUGAGCGCGGGACGGAUUUCUCGCCACGCGUCCGUUCACUUGGAAAGGACGCCGAGAAUCAACGGACAAAAUGGAAGUCGGAGCGACGUCUGCGCAUGCAGAUAACGCCGCAGACAUCACACGGGCCGUCAUCGUGAUUUACGCCUCGACCGGCGUCGGAGGCGCAGGUGGCGGAUUAAUAACCGGUCAUAAAGAGGAAGAAGAGGAGGGGGCGUAAAAUGGAGAGGAGAUAAAGCCCGAGCGGGGAUGAUGAGCUCGCCACUGCGUCCACAGUCCUUCUCGGCCCGGCCCAGCCCCAGCAGGCAUGCUGUGGAGCGGGACCACGAGCAGCUAGCCAUCCGGAGACUGUCCUCCCCGCGUAGCCUCAACCUCCUCACGCCGCCGCCGUACCCUCGCCGCGCCUCCGCCAUCCCUGGCUACCUGCUCCCCCCCUACCAAGAGCAGGAGGACCACCACCUCCUCUACCAGCCGUGUCGCCGCCUCUCCUCGCCUCCCGAAAUAUCCCAGGUCCCGCCCCCUGCUCCUCUGCCCGCCGUGGCUGCCCCUCGUCGCCGCCCGGUGGGCGUCAUGCACCUCCUCCGUCUGGGUCUUCUCGCCUUCAGCUGCCUCUUUUGGGCGGCCGGCUUGGCUCUCUUCACCUUGGGCGUGUGGGCGCAGAUUUCCCUGGCCGACUUCAUGCUGCUGUCCGCCAACCGCUACCCCAACGCGCCCGUCAUUCUGCUGGUCACCGGCGCGGCCGUCACCGUCUGGGGCUUCCUGGGUUGUCUCGGGGUGACGGCCAACCUCCCGUACGUUCUGAGGGCGUACGGCUUCUUCCAGCUGGCGGCGCUGGUGGCGGGUUUGUCCGGCGGACUCUGCGGUCUCUUCUACCGGGAGGACAUCGCCGGGGGGUUUCGUAGCGGCCUCCAGCGAGCCGUGGCCGGAUACACCGAGGACGAAGGCCGUGCCGACGCGCUAGAUAGCCUACAGAGGGCGCUGCGUUGCUGCGGGGCCGAAGGAUGGCGCGACUGGCUGACGUCGGACUGGGCCUUCCAGCAUAUGACCUUCCUGCCCAACGAGAACGCCUCCGUGGGGUCUUUGCCGGACAGUUGCUGCACGCGGCGCAAAGGCUGCAGGAACAGGCCGCUGCCCUCGGAGGACAACGAGGGCGUGGUCGCCGCCGGCAUCCACCCCCACGGAUGCUUCCGCAAAGUCUUCAGCUUGGUCAACGACAACGUGUUCCACAUCGCCGCCACCGUGCUCGGAUUGGCCUUCACCCAAAUCGGCGGCAUCGCUUUGGCGUGUCUCUUAGCUAACAGGCUAGCGCCGCGGCAACGGCAACGCGUUGUGGCAAAUUAAUACAAAUUGGUUUUGUGUUGUUGUGGUGUCGUUGAAAGCAUGAGUAACGUUUUACAUUCGUGAAAAAGAUGUCAGCCAAGUGGCGUGGUCAAGUGAUAUGUUGAGUUGGAGCUAAGUUUAGCCUGGGUUAUUACGGCGAGUCUUUGGUGCAUGUGCAUGGAUACACAGCAAUUCAGAUGCUUUUCUUUUUUUAAAUCAAAUCUUAUUUGGUCUAAAGAGUCAUUUGAAAAAAUAAAUUGGGGGUUCAUUGAUGACAAAAAUAAUUUAACGUCACGUUCGGUGCUAAAGCUGCGAUGUGAAAUGUUUACGGGUCUGUCUUGAAUGUCGUCUGUCGUCAUUUUUCUAUCAUGUAUCCACACAACAAUAAAGCACGGAUGAAUGUU